AUGAAUCCUGAGAGAAGAAGCACUUUUCAGUUUAAAUACAAGAACGUGGACCUUGCCAGCCUGCAAAAGUUGAGUGCCAAAGUAACACCAAUCAAACUCAACAACUUUGUGCAAGACUAUGGAAAAAUUCUGGACAUCCUAAAUGAGAAGAUGGACAUGAUGACCGCAGUGACUAUUGCUCAAUUCUAUGAUCCACCUAUACGUUGUUUCAUGUUUUCUGACUUCCAAUUGACUCCUACCAUGGAGGAACUUGAGAGGAUUGUAGGCCGGAACCUGAGGGAUCAUAAUCCAUUUCCGAAGUUUGAUGAAGGUAUUCCUCCCAAGAGGAUAGUUUUAGCUUUGGGUUUGAAGGUUUCUGAAGUCGUGUCCAAUUGGGAUGUGAAGGGAGUUCUCAAUGACCACCUGGCGGUGAGAAUAUUCCUCUCUGGAAACCCUGUACCGUUCCUCCUGGCAUACCUCCACUACGCUUUCCACGAUCGUCAUGAGAAGAAAGGAGGAACCAUUUUAUGUUGUGCGCAGCUGCUGCAUGCCUGGUUUAGAUCUCAUAUGCCCGAAGAAGGCCCUUUUGUCUCAAAGGAACUCAAGCCCUCCCAGAAGCUAGCUUCUCUCAACUUCAAUCAUGUUAAGUGGUAUAUCAGGGAUUGGGAAACCGAGGAUGUUAUUGUCAGCAUUGGAGACUUCCCCAAUGUACCUUCGAUAGGAACCAAGGGUUGCAUCAACUACAACCCCGUGUUAUCUUUGAGGCAACAUGGUUACCCUAUGAAUGACCCUCCGAAACCUGAAGCUUUAGAGCCUUUCAUCUUACACAACGCUGAAGCAGAUCAUUCAAUGGUGAAGAAGAUCAAGAGGUCUUGGCAAGCAGUUAUCAGAAAGGGUAAGGAGUUGGAUGUGAAGAAGCUCAAUGCCCGUAUUAAGGAGCUGGAGUUGGAGAAUGCUAACUUGAGGAUUAAGCUCGGCCGAGUCUCGGUAGAAAAUGGGAAUUUGAAAGAUGGUCAACAGAAGAAGGAUAAAGAGCUUGAAAUCUCCAACAAAAGAGCUAGGGAGUCUGAGGCAAGGAGAGAAAAGUUCGGACAAGCGCUCUACAACACUAGAUUCGUGUUCAAGUCAAAGGAGGAGGAGUUAGAUAGAGCUUUACUCCGGAUUCAAAAACUCAACAAGACUCUGGAAUUGACCCUUGAAAUCAAAAGGGAAGCACGACUAAUUUCUGAGAUUCGUACUCGUGAACUGGAGAAUACCAUUCAGAAAUACAAGGAUACUCUGGAACGCGAGAAGCUGAGGACUGAAGAGUCAGAAAGAGUUUGCACACGGCUGAAAUAUCAGUUGGAACAAGCCGAUGCUAGAAUCCAGGCACUUGAAGGUGGGGAUCAGGAUGCUGCAUCUAUGAUGUUGCUAGGUGAAUACAGAUAUUGGAGAAACAUCUAUAGGGACAUAGAGGUGACCAAGGCUGAAUACUUGCGCAUCAUUCAAGACCUCAAAGGGCUUUACAUUGAGUGGAAGGGCAAAUUUCUGAGGCUGUCCAGAUUUGCGAAUUCCGUCAUGCAAGAGCUACUUGAGAAAUUGCAAGAAGAUGAUUGGUGCAUGUGUCCAGAGAACACCCUGCAUCAAGUCUUUAAUUUCAUUAAAUUUUGUAAGGUGAUGUUGGAAGGGCUGACUACCGACCUUGCUACAGUUCGGAAAGCCCAUAAGCCAUAA